UAAGGUAAGUAAAUAUAGUACAUACAUACGGGUGACACCCAGUGCUACCCUGAAUUUCGAGCUGUUUUUAAUUCGGUUCUUAAUUACGAAUUUUAAUUAAUUUGUGUUGAAAGUACCAACUCAACAUCUGUCGACCUUCAUGAAGGAAUUUUGACCGAAGCAUGUCAUGUACACGUUUCCGAGGCCGGGCACCCACGUUGCCGCACAUGUAAUGGCGUUCUACAACGAGCCGCAAUGGUGUGUCGUUGGCGACACUUUCGUUGUGGGUUGCAAGUGGGCUGACUCCAUCGUCUACGGCCCAGAGAGCUUCAAGGACAACCCCGACACUUACAAUCCUAAAUACAACACUAAAUACGGCAUGUACUCACCUCAUUGCGGGUUGGAGAAGCUGCUGAUCUCCUGGUCACACGACGAAUACCUCUACCAGUUCCUGAAACACAACAACGCCAAGAUUCCUGAGAAAGGACUGCUCAUGAUCAGGUAUCAUUCAUUUUAUCCGUGGCAUGCAGGAGGCGACUACCGUCACCUUACCAAUGAGAAGGACGAAGAGACCCUAAAAUGGGUACUGGAGUUCAACAAAUACGACCUCUACACCAAGAGCGAGCAUGUGCCAGACAUCAAAGCUCUUUGGCCUUAUUACGAAAAUCUUAUAGAGAAGUACAUACCUUGCGGCAUCUGCGAGUUUUGAAUUGUUUAUUCUAUAGUAGGUUACAACGAUGCCUUACUUCUCAAACUCGUAUCUUAUAAAGAGUGGUUAUUUAGGAGAUGGCAAAACUUUCUAUUUAUUUUAAAUUUCUUAUCAAGGGUUUUAAUUUGGAUGGACUUUAAGAAUAGGUAAAAGCCAGUGUGUGA